ACCUUCAAUGAAUUGUCUGAACAUGAAAUGGCUAAAAAGGGGAAGGAAUUCACAAAGGAAACGCUGAAGUCUGCUGGUAACUUGGCAGAUACCUUGUCAAAGGGCGUGACAAAGGGAGGUCAACAAUUAGGACAGUCAAAACCUAUACAAACUAUAUCAGAAGCUGUGAAAAAUGAACUGAAAGACAUAGAUACAACAAGAGCACAGUGCUACAAGAAACCAGAGGUGCUUCGAAUGCGAUCUGAAGAUUCUGUUAACUUCAAGAGGAAAGAGGAAGUAGCACCUAAUGAAGAGGACACUGGGAUGGUUCUACAUAAAGAUUCCAAAUUUUACCAGAGUUGGACCAAUUUCAAGGAUAAUAACCAGUAUAUAAAUA